UUAAAUUAAUUGUUUCUAGUUCGGACAGACGACGACAGUAGCAUUUUUAUGUACAUUGAAAUUAUUCCAAAGUAAAUCGCAAGAGCGCAAUCAAAACGAAAACAAACAUUUAAUUAAAACAAAAAAAAAAUAUAUAUUAAAACUGCUGUGCGUAGCAUUUUGAUUGUCUAUCCAUUAACAAAAGAGUGGUUGUAUACAUAUUUACAGAAUAAGCGGAUAAAUUAUCUGGAAUUUCAUGCAUUUUUGCAAGACAUUCGAAUAUUUAAAAUUUCUCAAGCCUAUGAUGUCGGAAAUUUAGACAAAAAACAAACAACAACAAAAUAAGCUGUUAAAUAAGAAAACUUCAAUUGUAUUAGUUUUGAAACGACCAUUAAAAGCAUUUGGGUAGUGAUGAAUGAAAGUGAUUUCAGUAUUGAAAAUUAUAAAUUAAAUUUAAAAUUGAAAAAAGUGCAAAUUUGUGUCUUCUUCAAGAGACCCACAAAGAGAAAACAAUUUUUAAAACUAAACCAUUUGUUUAAAACAAUCAGUGAAAAUCAUAAUCUGAAUUGGUUAAUGUGCUAAGAGGCAAGCUGAAUAUUGUGAAGAAUUUGAAGGUUAAUCUUAUUGAUUUGAAAAGUAAUACAAAAAAUUUCUAUCUAGUUUGGAAAAAGAUCGUAAACUUUAAAAAUCAAAAUGGUUGGAGGAGCUAAGAUAAAAACUGAACAAACUGCUGCCAAUGAUCCAAUGAUCAAGUACAUGCUCAAGGUCCGUGAAGACCAUGCCCGCCAGCAAAAGAAAGACUAUUCCCAUGUGUUUCGAAGUAAAUCCCGCUUUGAUUUUAUACGGCUUUCAAGUCUUGCUGUGGGAAUAGAAUUUGCUUAUGCAGCAGAAACAGCAUUUGUAUCACCGAUCUUGCUACAGAUCGGUAUUGAACAUAAACACAUGACAAUGAUAUGGGGAUUGUCACCUUUACUGGGUUUCUUUUUGGCCCCCCUGUUGGGCUCAGUCAGUGAUCGAUGUCAACUUAGUUUUGGUCGAAGAAGACCUAUCAUUUCAUUGCUAUCAUUUGGAAUUUUGCUGGGUUUACUGCUUGUGCCAUAUGGAAGAGAUAUUGGUAUUCUUCUUGGUGAUAGUCCACCAAAUAUGGAACGAAUAUUAGAUUUCAAUUCUACCGAAAUAAUUCCCGAAGCAUUGCAAGCUGAAAUACGAGCUGAAUCUGGAGGAAGCUUCAAAUUUGCUGCCAUAUUUACCAUCUUGGGAACAAUAUUACUCGACUUUGAUGCCGAUACAUGCCAAACACCAUCUAGAGCGUAUCUUUUAGAUGUUUGUAUACCAGAAGAUCAACCUAGAGCUUUGAGUACAUUCACAAUAAUGGCUGGACUAGGUGGUACGUUUGGAUAUGCAAUUGGCGGUAUUGACUGGGAGUCAACUAGAAUUGGUAAUUUCAUGGGUGGAAAUAUACCUACAGUAUUUAUGAUUGUGACUAUCUGCUUUGUGAUAUGCUAUACUAUUACCAUUACAAGCUUCAGAGAGAUUCCAUUAACUCUUAUCGAAAGAGAUGAAUUAUUAAAGCCAUUGUCAGCUGGAGCUAUUACAAAAGAGACUUCAAAGAACAAUAAUCAAGUCUUUUAUAUAAAAGAGACAACAACGUUAGAACUUAAAAUGGCCGAAGAGGAUUUAGAGGACUCUGACAGUAAGGAAGCUACAAAUGGAAAUCUUAUGAAACGCAAUCCGUCCAAUUCCGAUCCAGAAUCCAAUGAUUUCCAAGACGAUAGAAUAUCAUUGGGACAAUACCUGAAGAGUAUUAUCAUAAUGCCCAAGUCAAUGAGAAUUUUGAGUCUGACAAAUCUUCUCUGCUGGAUGGGACAUGUUUGUUACUGCUUAUAUUUUACAGAUUUUGUAGGUGAAGCAGUAUUUCAUGGUGAUCCAGGUGCACCAAUAGGCUCCGUUGAAUAUAAUUUAUAUGACGAUGGAGUACGUUUUGGAUGUUGGGGAAUGUCAAUUUAUGCUUUAUCAUGUUCAGUCUACUCAAUGACUGUUGAGAAACUUAUGGAAUGGUUUGGACUUAGGGCAGUUUAUAUAGGAGGUAUUAUGUCUUAUGCAAUUGGAAUGAUGGUCCUUGGAAUAUGGCCAUCGAAAUUGGGUGUUCUAUUGCUGAGUACAACGGCUGGAGUUAUCUAUGCUACACUUUUCACAAUUCCAUAUAUUUUAAUUGCUAAAUAUCAUGCUACGGGAUGUUUCAAAAUGCGCAGUGGUGAAAGCGUACCACUUAAACACACUCGAGGUCUUGGAACUGACAUUGCGAUCAUCAGUAGUAUGGUCUUCAUAGCACAGCUCAUAAUCUCAUUGAGUAUAGGAAGUUUAGUGUCCUGGUUAGCUACAACUAGCGCUGUAUUAUACGCAGCAAGUGUAUUGAGUAUAGGUGCUGCAAUAUCUGCCAUGUUUGUUUUAUACAUCUAAGAACAAAUUAAUUAGUAAAUAAUUAUAUGUAAUAAUGAUUUGUAAUCGUUUUUUAGUAGAUUAAUUGUGUGAUGAUUGAAUGGUUGGUGAGGGCCUAUGGUCCCUUACUAUUUUAUU